GAAAAAGCAGUAGAUCAUUUUAGUUUUUUUUUGAAAGUCUGCUAAUGUUCGUUACCCGCGUUUUUGCUUAUGUAUUUUGUGUAUAAAAAUAAAUACAUUAGUUUUGACAAGAUUGAAUAAUGGAUGAAAAUACAAUUCCAGCUCUCGUCGAGAAACUUUGCAGAUCCUUAAGCAAUGGAAAAUCCUCAGAAACUAGUAAAGAAUACGAAGCAAAAUACAAGCUUGCACUACAGUUAUUGUCAUCUCAGCAACUCUCUUUGCACAACCAUGAAACAGAGUUUUCAAUUGUUCAGAACAUAAAAAAGUUGCUUGGUAGCAAGGAACGGUAUCAGGAUGCUAGAAAGUUUGAUGAACUGUACACCAGAUUGACCUCAAGUUCAAUCCUCAAAAACAGGAAAGCUGUUUUGGAACUAAUGUACUAUUUGGCUCAAACUCCUGCUUCAGCAGCUACAGAACCCUUGAUUCGCCAUUCAUUCACAUUGCCAUCAUUGGUGACAUUUACUUCUGAUACUACAACAAUUGUCAAAACUCCUAAAAACACUGAAGCUCCUUAUUGUCCUUUGGCUUCAACAACAUUACAAAAGAAAACUUCUGCACAGUCAACACUUUAUGGUCAUUCAGAUGUCUCCAACCAAGUUUUACUGAGAGAAAUUUUGUAUGCAUUUCAAGGCAUUCAAGGUCAAGUCUUCCAGUGGGAUGCAACCCAUGAGAACCUUCAGCUUAAAUCAACUGUCAAAUUGCCAAAAGCUUUGAAACAGAUGAUUCUCAGUUUGGUUGAGCUAGGAUGGCUUUUUCACAAAGUUCAAAAAUAUUGUGAAUCCCCCAAAACUGAAUCAACAUGUGGCUUAGCUGCUAGAGCUUUCGCCGCUGCUUUGCAAGAGGAACUGAGUGAAUAUUACAGGCUGCUAGCAGUUCUUCAGUCCCAGAUGGAGGUACAAACUAUCAGAUCGGGUGAUACCGUUGGAGUAGAGACGCAAGGUUUAACAUUCCAGAGACUGUUAGUAUGGACGAAAGAACCUAAAGCCCGGAUGAAACUGCUGGCCGCUCUGGUGGAAGCUUGCCAUGGCCAACGAGGCGGAGCUCUGGCUUCAGUCAUCCAUUCGUUUGUUUUACAAGGCAACGCCACCUUGAAAACUGUUGUAUUGAAAAUUCUUGUCCAAGUAUGUCGGCCAUUGUAUGAGAUGCUGAUGCUUUGGACCUUUGAGGGUGAAUUGCGUGAUCCUUACGGCGAGUUCUUUAUCGGCAUAAAUCUCGCCGUAGAUCCUGGCAGUUUGUGGAAUGACAAGUACUAUGAACGUUCUACCAUGGUACCCAAUUUCUUCACUCAAGAGCAGGGCCAUCAAGUAGCCACCACAGGAAAAAGCAUAUGCUUUCUUCGCGAGAUAUGUCUCGAUAAAAGCCCUAUACCUGGCUUGAACCAGAUUCGCCGUACAGCUGAGGAACGUAGUGAAUCGCUUCUGUCCCUGGAUUGGGAAUCGAUAGAAGAAGCUUACAGCACUGCGUCUCAAUAUUUGUUACAAGUCUUGCUGGACCGCUAUCAUAUCAAGCUUCAUUUAUGUGCGCUACGUCAGUACUUGUUACUUGGCCAAGGAGAUUUCGUCAAUCAUUUAAUGAAGCUUGUCGAACCCGAGCUGGACAAACCAGCUAGUACACGAAUGAGCCGUUUGUUGGCCUCCAUUCUCGACAAGUGCAUCCGCUGCACCAACAGCCAAUACGACGACGCUGACGUUCUGAGAAGGCUUGACGUGCGCAUCAGCGAACCGUCACAGGGUGACAGUGGAUGGGAUGUUUUUAGCCUCGACUACAAAGUGGAUGGGCCACUUGGUACCGUGCUGACACCCGAAGUUAAAACCCGCUAUGAAACACUAUUCUACGCCCUGUGGCGAUCCAAACGGAUGGAAUGGAUUAUGUCCAAAUUGCGACAUCAACAGUUGACGGAGGGUCGACAGCUCAGAGGCUUAUUAGAGGUCCAAGGAGUACUCCAUCAAUCCCAGCUGCUACUUUCCGAGAUGAUUCACUUUGCCCAAGAGAUGAGUCACUACCUGUCUUUCGAAGUAGUGGCCUGUGCUUGGGAACAGUUAAGCGUUGCCCUGCGCAGUUCCAAAACGAUGGAUCAACUCUUGACCGCUCACGAACACUUCCUACAGACGGUCACUAGCCGAGCGCUUCUCGACGAAGAGUCCAAGGAUAUACGAGAUCAUUUGAGAGGCAUCCAUGAAGCCAUGCUGCAAUUCAGCCAAAUCCAAGAAAGACUAUUUUCGUCCGCCAUUCUCGAAGUGGAAAAACGCCAGGGGAAAUCCAAAUCGAGUAUCGAGACAUUUCUCCCCAGUAUCAAAGCCAAACUGUGUGCUAUCAGCGCCUCGUACCAGAACUUUGUACAGACGUUUCUCUUCAUGCUGUCGUCUCAUUCCGACCCCAAUUUGCAAGGACUCGGCGUCCGGCUCGACUUUAACGAGUGCUACCAGCGUAAAGAUACUCGAUUGAGUAUGUCUUUGACAUAUUUUCAUAGAAGAAUGACUACCUUGUCUUUCCCGUCUCAACUGCACUAAAGCCACUACGUAAACACAGAAAAAAACAAAUCUAAUAAAUUUCUUUUUCCUUAUUA